AGGGAGGAAGGAAGUGAGUUAGGGAGGGAGGGAGGGAGGGGGGGAAGGAAUUGAGAGGGGGUCGUCGGUUUGUGGGUUGGUUGGUUGGUUGGUUGGGCGGUCGGUUGCUGGCUUGGAGGGCGAUGCAAUUGAGGAGCAGGAGGAGGAGGAACGGGGAGGGAGAGAAUCAAGCCGGCGGAUGAUGCUCCCCAUAUCGGCGGAGAAUCUUUGGCUGAAAGGGAACGGAAGAGAGAGACCUGUCUGAAUUUUCGGAGGAGGUCUCGCGCUUCGGAGCGGAGCGAGGGCCGGGGUUGAAUCGGGCCGAAUAAAGGUUGUCUGCCGCUGCGAGGAUGAGGCCCGAUAGGAAGAAAGAGAAGAUGGUUUGUUACAACACGGUGCCGCCACCCGACGCUCUGUCGAGCAGGAAUGGGACUGCUAUGUCUGUCGGUGGUGUUCCUUCGUCUUCGGUGUCUGUCAAGCACGAAAAGCCUUCGUAUAAUAUGUGCCCACCGCCUCCUAAUUUGUAUAGGUCGUCCUUGCCUUCUGUUUCGUUCGACAAGGUCAAGGGUCUUGUUCAUGGAACUGGAAACCCUUCCGAUGUCGAGAAGAAAAGCCGAAGAAGACCAGGCCGCAAAUCCAGACAGGUCGCCGAUUCGAGCUCUUACACCUCUACCAGCGCUUCCGAAGCAUCCCUCGCACCAGGUAAAGGUGAUGGGAAUGUCCCAAUAGGACAGCUUUCUCAAGAACUCAGUAAACUCGCAGUUUCGAGUAGUCAUAUGCCAAGCUCCAGCCCGAAUCCAGUCUCAAUGCCCAGUCCCAGCUUCAGAGUGAAGCCUGUCCACGACAUGUCUUCCUCUGUAUAUUCGAAGUCUAACGGGACAGCGGAAUCUAGCAACGGCGAUGCGGUGUACCACGACCUCAUUCCAACUAAGUCGACUCAGAGCGAGGAUCGGAGUAGCUUCGCGUCAAGAAGCGCUGCUGUAUCGACCUCUUUAGUUUCAGAUACAACAGCGGCAGUAGAUUCCGGAGGCUUCUCAAAACCGAAGACUCCUCCAAUAGGCAUACCGAGGGCGAGAGGGAAGGACGGAAGUAAGAAUGGGAAGAUUCAGGGUGGCCCCUGUAUGAAAAGGUCUGCCUCUUUAGUAGAUUCUAAGCAGCCUGCUCACAAAGGUUGGAGAAUGUCUCCGUCAUCAGUCACUACCUCAAGCAGUACAGGAAGUUUGGAAGCUCAACACGUUUCUGCAAAUUCCGCUCAGUCAGUGGACAAGUCAGGAUCUGCCCCUUCUUCUGGCAGCAAUUCCGACGGAGGCCUUUUACAGAACCCACACUCAUGGCCAGGUUCUAGUGUCCUGGGCUCACCGGGUAGAACUGUGCACAUGCCGUCUGGUAAAGUUUCAAAUGGUGCCAGUAAUGGGACGAGUAAUGGACAAAGUACGUCUCGAUCUAGUCAUUUUAGUGACCACCUUUCCUGCGAAGACGCCGCACAUGCCAUUGAGACUGGACGCGCUUUCAGAGGAGUGCUGCGUGUGAAUCCGCACUACAGAAGUGAGGCAUACGUAACGCUCGAAGGAGUUCCUCUGGACAUUUUAAUUGAUGGUCUUUGUGCACAAAACAGAGGGAUGGAGGGUGAUGUGGUUGCAGUGCAACUGAAUCCUUCUUCUCUUUGGCCUCGGCUCAAAGGGUCCAACAAGCAGCAGAACAGCAGCUCAGUGGUUGAGGAGUCCUCGGUCAAAGCGGGAGCUCAGACGGAUGAUCAACAAACGAGAGAGAACCCAAUCUUCCUUGAAGAGCAUGUUUCUGGAGUAUGUGAUGACAUCACCUCUAGCUCUGCUACCGGUGUGUUCGAAGGAAAUGGUUGGGAUGCAAGCGUUCAAUCCAGCCCAGAGGACGUUGUCGAUCCGUCGGCAUGGACCAGUCACCUCAUUUCGCUUCAAGACUUUAGAUCAUCAGGAACAUCGAAGGCGAGUGAGAGUAAAGAAAGCUUCCAAGCGUCAGCGUCAUCAGUAGAGAUGAAUGGGAAGCAGAAUAAAAGCUCGAAGGUUCAAGUCCUUCCAAGAGCAGAAAUCGUUGCCGGGCCCGAGAAUAGUUGCGGAGGAGCGCAAAUUUGUGCCUCCCUAAUGAGUAUCGCAGCGAUGGUCUCAUCGAUGCCUAGCAAACGACCCACGGGCAGAGUCGUGGCAAUACUGGGGAAGUCUAUGCGUCGAGAAGCGGUCAUAGGUUUUCUUGAAGUCCAGGGACACAACUCUGGAGCUCGGGCUUCUGUUCCUGGAAGCGAUGGUACUUCGCAAAAGUCAGGGAGGAAGGUGUCCGCUCGUAGCACUGGAAGUAUCUUGACUUUUGUACCUGUUGACAAUCGUUUUCCGAAGAUGAUAAUCUUUGGUAGUGGUAUACCAGAGCAUCUAAGCAAACGACAGAAGGAAGGAGACCCUACUCUUAGCAGUGAGCUCGUAGUCACUCGAGUGGAGGAAUGGAAAGCUGACAGUGCCCUUCCUCGUGCUUCUAUCAAGCAGAGUUUGGGUCCAGGAGGUACCAUUGAAGCUCAGACAGCAGCUAUUUUGUUUGAAAACGCAAUCCACAGUGCUGACUUUCCUCAGUCUUGUUUAGCCUGUUUACCUGAAGUGCCUUGGAGCAUACCGGAGCAGGAGGUGAGAAAGAGGAAAGAUCUGCGGGGACUCCGAGUCUUUACCAUCGAUCCUCCUACAGCAAAGGACUUAGAUGAUGCUUUGUCUGUUGAACAGCUGGGUGAUGGGGUUCUGCGAAUCGGUGUACACAUAGCUGAUGUUUCCUUCUUUGUGAGGCCCGACACGGCUCUUGACAAGGAAGCCCAAAAUCGAUCAACUAGUGUGUACCUUAUUCAGAGGGUAUUGCCAAUGUUACCUCCGCUUUUGUGCGAGGAACUUUGUUCUCUAAAUCCGGGGGUUGAUCGCCUAGCUUUUUCGGUGAUGUGGAGUAUGGACUCCUCUGGGAACGUUCUGGAUCAGUGGAUAGGCAGGACCAUCAUUUGUUCCUGUGCGAAGUUGACAUAUGGGCAUGCCCAGGAGAUGAUUGAUAACAGCCUUUCCUCGAGUGACGGAGGCAUCGGGGGUCCUGGUUUUUCCGGCUUCGAAGGCUCCGCUCCUCUUCUCUACGGAGAGCAUAGCUGGGCCGAUGUCGUGGAAGAUGUGCGAACCCUUCAUGAGAUCGCAAAGAGGCGAAGAGAAUCUCGCUUCGAUGGCGGGGCGCUGAAGCUGGAGAACUCGAAGCUAGUAUUUUUUCUUGAUGACGAUGGUGAACCCUGCGAUAGCAUGAUGUAUCAGCAUCAAGAUUCUAAUUUCUUGGUGGAAGAAUUCAUGCUGUUAGCGAACAUGACAGUCGCCAGAGUGAUUUCAGGUGCCUUUCCUGAGCGCGCUUUGUUAAGGAGGCAUCCGGAACCCAGUGUCCGGAAACUGAAAGAAUUUGAAGACUUUUGCAACAAAAAUGGUUUUCAGUUGGACACCUCCUCUUCUGGUGCUCUCCAUCUUUCCUUGGAAAGCAUGCGAGAAAGUUUUCACGACGAUCCUGUGCUAUUCAAUAUUCUGAUGUUGUACGCUACGAAGCCCAUGCAGCUUGCAAAGUACUUCUGCACGGGAGAGUUGAAGGGCAAGGAGGAUGACUGGGGGCACUACGCUCUAGCAGUUCCUCUUUACACCCACUUCACUUCUCCCAUCCGAAGAUACCCAGAUCUUGUGGUGCAUCGGACACUCGCUGCAGCUUUAGAAGCUGAAAAGGUUUUAGCCAGAGAUGGGGUAUUUCAUGGUAAAGCAGAAAAUCAGCUUGGUAACGCCGACGGAGCUUCCCUGCGUUGCUUUACAGGCCCGAAAGUGGAUAGGAACAUGACAGACUCAGAUGCAGUGCAGGAGGCUCUAGUUGUGGCUGCUGAGAGACAUAAGAUCCCUGAAGUUGCAGAGCUUUCUUUGGUUGCUGCCCACUGCAACGAGAGGAGGAUGGCCUGCCGCAAUGUGAAAGAAGCCAGUGAUAAGUUGUACCUAUGGUCAAUGGUCAAGAAGAAGCAAGGAGUUCUCUCAAAUGCUAGGGUCUUGGCGUUGGGUCCGAAGUUCAUGUCUCUCUAUGUCUGCAAGAUUGGGAUGGAACGUCGCAUCUAUUACGAUGAAAUUGAGGGUCUGAAUGCUGAAUGGUUUGAAGCCACAGGCACAUUAGUACUCAACCUUUGCUCCGAGAAAGUCCCCUACAGGAAGCCUGGUCCUGCUAGAGGGAGGCCGCACAGAACUGUUGCAGAUGUGGCAUUGUUGGUGAAUCCAACAGAUUCGAUUUCAUCGAACUCAGAACAAGAAAGUUAUGAAGACUUGAUUCGUGAGGUGGAGGAUCGACUUGCUGGGAAAAUUAUCACAGAAGAAGAUGAGUAUGCGACAACAGAAAAGGAGGAUAGUGGAAGUGAAGUGGAGGUUGAACCCGCAGUUCUUCCACUAACUUUACGCUGGUUCUCCUCAGUUCCAGUGUCGAUACACGCUAUUGGUGGUGAGAGUCGACCAUUGGAUAUUGCCGUCCGACUUUACGUGAGCUCCUAUGCAACUUGAGCGCACUAAAGCCUGUGCCGGCCCUGUGGUUUUGAAUUCGUGCCCACCUGUUUGGUUAAGUCUUCUGCCUGUAUCUACAACCCAGUAUCCCGUCUUCUACUUCCGAUUUCCUGCCAAGCCUCUAAACUUGUCUCGGACAGCUGUAAACUGAGCAUGCGUCUUUCUUGGCUCGACGAGAGUCAAGAUUCAAACGCUGCCGCUCCACCCUGAGUUGAAAAUCUUCCAAUCUUUACCUCUACCAAUAGAGUCUGAGGUUACCGCGGGCAACGGUUCAUCCGGCCCCAGUUUUCCCUGGAUUCCAACUUAUCAGUACUAAUGAGGCAACCCCUUCUGUUCUGCUCUGUUUAAAUACGUCACCAAUCCUUUCUCUUCUUUCGGUACUUUGUUCAACGUGUCUUUCAGCCUAUCCUGCAGAACUGUAGACCUGGCUUUCAACGUCGCGGCAUUUUUGUCAUGUCGUUCUCUUCUUGACUUCCACUCAGCGUUGGCUGUCAGGCACGCGUGGUCCAUGGUCCUUGGCUAUGGCAGGCACUUACCAAGGAGUGAUAUGUCUUCAUAUCACUGAAAUGCAAUCUUACCCAAGUUCACCAAAGAGUCGCAGUUCUUAUGACUUCUCUGCUACAUUGUCCAGCCUUAUCCUCUUGGGAAACGAGUUCCAUUGUCUCUAGUUUUAAGACAAGACUCUGAUGGAUUCGCUCUUCAGCUUCUCUGACCCCUCUGACCGAGAGGCUGUAUUUUUCUACUCGUCUCUUCGUGUCUCCUAGUGGGAUCAGAGUCACCAUCCACAGUGCCCUAUGUCACUCAGUACAUACUUGCUGUUUCAUUUCUCAGUCGUUUUGGCUACAGUAUGUCUGCAGUUCCUCUUCCGGUCCAGCCUUGAACGGCAGUGCAUUGUGAUUACGAAUACUUUCGUCUACACCUGUCUUACCAUCUUCUAGAUCCCGGUUCUUAGUUCCUAGACAAUGUCCCAAAAUCAAGUUUACUUUCUCAGUGUAGGAACCGAUGACAGAGUAUCUCCUUCUGCUGUCUUUCCCUUCUUUUUUGUGUACAAUGUACAUAAGCUGAUGCCUUUUAUUAUGCAUUUAGUCAGCAAUUCUUUUCUCCAGUCCUGUAAUCUCGAAGAAGACUGGUGUAUCCUUUGUCUCCGAAGUUUCCCAUGGAUAUGACAAAGGCUUACUGAGAGGGACGAGUGUGUCCCCAUUAUGCUCCCAGUAAAUACUGAGUAGUCGUGCCCGUUGUAAGAAGAUUGCCGUCGCCGCAGGUUGUAUUUUUUUCCAACAUCCGCCGAUGUUGAUGCCAAUCUUUGUACUGGGAAGCCCAUAACAUGUCCCUCACGACAUUGUGAAUAUGGUAGGUGCACCCGAGUUGGUCCUCCUUUUUCUGUGGCCACUCAGAUGGUGUAGGUUAUUUGGAACCUGUCAAAUAAUUUCCUCGUUUCAGGUCGGGAGAAGUCUACUUGAAAUCUGCGAAGUGGCAGGUGAGAAGAUGUGAAGAAAGACGUUGGUCCUGUGGUGUAGCAAGUGGUGAGAAUGCAUGAAAAUAUCUGUUCGAAAGAUUUCGACGUUGGAGAUGAAAAGAUUUAUACCUUCCUCAAUAAAGUCGUUUCCAAGAAACUUUUUGAAAC